AAGAGCUAAACUGAGAUGGCAGCCGGGUUAAGUCGUUUUUGGGCCUGUGCUCAGGUUGUUUCCCAAAUGGUUACAAGGAGAGGAGUUGCAUCCCUUGCUGGAAAAGAUGCACAGAUACCAAGAUAUGUCAAAAUUGUUGAAGUUGGACCCCGUGAUGGGCUACAAAAUGAAAAGGCAAUGGUUCCAACAGAAACCAAGAUUGAAUUGAUAAAUCGUCUCUCUGACACUGGUCUUAAGGUGAUUGAAGCUACCAGCUUUGUGUCACCAAAAUGGAUUCCUCAAAUGGGGGACCAUACUGAUGUCAUGAAGGGUAUCAGCAGGAGAGGAGGGGUUAACUACCCUGUUUUGACCCCUAACCUCCAGGGGUUCAAGUCAGCACUUGAGGCUGGAGCUGAGGAGGUAGCCAUCUUUGGUGCAGCGUCAGAAACCUUUAGCAAGAAAAAUAUUAACUGUUCUAUAGACGAGAGUUUGGAUAGAUUUUCCUCGGUGCUUGAAGCAGCUCGUGAAGCAAAUGUCAAGGUGCGAGGAUAUGUGUCAUGUGUACUGGGAUGUCCAUAUGAGGGCGCUGUUCAUCCAGAAGCAGUGGCAAAGGUUGCAGACAAGAUGUUCAAGAUGGGCUGCUAUGAGAUCUCCCUGGGUGAUACGAUAGGGGUGGGCACCCCCGGUAUGAUGCAAGCCUUGUUAGAGACAGUACUACAAACCAUUCCUGCUGAACAUAUAGCCGUCCAUUGCCACGACACCUAUGGGCAAGCACUAGCAAAUAUCCUGGCUGCAUUACAGAUGGGAGUGACCGUAGUUGACUCCUCUGUAGCUGGUCUAGGGGGUUGUCCCUAUGCGAGGGGGGCAUCAGGUAACGUCGCAACUGAAGAUGUAGUUUAUAUGCUCAAUGGUCUUGGUAUAGAAACGGGAAUUGACUUGGAGAAGAUUGUUUCAGUUGGGCAGUUCAUUUCCAGAGAGCUAGGUAGACAGAACACUUCCAAAGUGGGAAAUGCCAUGAGCAAACUAUGAUGGAACCACCUAUCUCAUUAGAACUGUGUUGUGCAAUCGCCAAAGACUGUUUUGUACCCUCCUUGCAUCCUCCACCUACAUUACAUUACGUUAUGUGUGUGCUCCAUUCUCCAUUCUAGCAAUGGUUGGAUAUGCCUACAUGGUGACCAGCAAAACAAGGAAUUUUCUACUUCAUGCCAGCUCACAUAGUUGAUGUCACAAGCUUAUUUUCUGUUUUCAUAUGAUAUUAUUGGAGCUAUUUUCCACCUUAUGGGAAUACAAGUUAAUCAAGUUAAAUACUCUUUCGACCACAGAAAUCUGCCGGACUCCAGGGAAAAACUUCAUCCUUGAAGAUUAAAUAACACAUGCUUGUAUGAUUUAGUCACUUCUACGAGGACAAUUAUUCAACUUAUUGAAGGUCGACUUAUACAGACAAAUGUAUGGCCUAUAUUCUCAAAAUGGGUUUCAAUUAUUCCAUGGUACAAAACCGCUGCACCGUGCAGAUUUCUCAUAUAUUACUACAUGCACUCUUAUUUCAUCACUAAUAUAACGUAUCAUGCCUGAUAUGUCAUUCGUGUUCAUACGGCUACUCAUGAAUGAUUUGAAAAAGAACCAUUUCUAAGACGAAUCUAACAUUGUGUCUUAUGUAUUCGACCAUGUACAAACUCCCAUCUGGUUUCAAUGUUGAAUGAUCGUACACUCC